CCACCAAAAAAAAAAAAAAAUAGCUUGGUAAUCUACUCUUCACAUUCGGCCUCACAUCAGGAUCUGCUUGCAAAACACCGACUUUGUUCUCGUUUUGUCACAUUGAAUCAAAAUCUCUUCACUCAUAUUCGCUACUGAUUCUGCUUUUCAUUUUGUUGGUGACCGUCUCUCUGCUUGGAACAAAUACUCUGCUCCUUCCAUUUCUUCCACUCUCUUAUUUUAGUUUCCUUUUGCUCCCGCUUUCAUUUGUUUCUGUUUUUUUCAUCAUUUCCCUUCUGUUUUCCCAACAAAACCGCACACACACCAAAAAAAAAAAAUAAAGAAAUCCAACUGAGACAAAAUGACACGGAUCAUUAUUGCCGUUGCUACAAAAGUUUCAGAGUACUUGGUUGCUCCAAUUCGCCAGCUUAGUUAUCUGUUUUGCUACCGCGGCCACAUGGAUGAUCUCAACAAGAAGGUUCAGGAGUUGGGGCUUGCAAAGGAUGACCUUCAGAUUACUGUUGAUGAAGCUAUUAGAAGAGGGGAUGAAAUCAGACCUAUUGUUAAAGACUGGCUGACUCGGGCAGAUGGGAUUACAGGGCAGGCAGAGGAAUUAAUGAACGAUGAAAAUAAGAGCUGUCUCAAUGGCUGGUGUCCUAAUCUCAAGUCACGGUACCUGCUAAGCAGGGUAGCAGACAAGAAGGCGCAGGUUAUUGUUAAAGUCCAAGAAGACCGCAAUUUCCCCGAUGGCGUAUCAUAUCGUGUCCCUCCACGGAAUGUAACCUUUGAAGAUUAUGAAGCUUUUAAGGCAAGAGCCUCGACUGUGAGCAAAGUUAUGGAAGCAUUAAGAGAUGAUGAGAUCAACAAGAUUGGGGUGUGGGGCAUGGGCGGUGUGGGCAAAACCACGCUGGUCAAACAAGUGUUCCAACUAGCUGAAGAUGAGAAGCUGUUCACCACACGAGUCUACAUAGAUGUAUCCUGGACUCGAUAUUCGGAAAAACUUCAAGAAGGAAUUGCUGAAAUUCAACAAAGAAUUGCAGACAUGUUAGGCUUGGAAUUUAAGGGGAAGGAUGAAUCCACAAGAGCAGUUGAACUGAAGCAGAGACUGCAGAAAGAAAAGAUCCUUAUCAUCUUAGAUGGCAUUUGGAAGGAAGUUAGUUUGGAGGAAGUUGGAAUUCCUUCUAAAGAUGACCAGAAAGGAUGCAAAAUAGUGUUAGCUUCUAGAAAUGAAGACCUAUUACGCAAAGACAUGGGCGCAAAAGAAUGUUUUCCAGUUCAACAUCUAACAACAGAAGAAGCUUGGCAUUUAUUUAAGAAGACAGCAGGUGAUUCCGUGAAGGGGGAUGAACUGCGACCCAUAGCAAUUGAGGUAGUUAACGAAUGUGAGGGUCUACCAAUUGCAAUUGUAACAAUUGCAAAUGCAUUAAGAGGUGAAAGCGUGGCUGUAUGGGAGAAUGCCUUGGAAGAACUGAGGAGUUCUGCGCCAACAAACAUCGGCGGAGUGGAUCACAAGGUCUACGGAUGUCUGAAGUUGAGCUACAACCAUUUGAAAGGUGAUGAAGUCAAGUCAUUGUUCUUACUUUGUGGUUGUUUGAGCAAUGGCGAUAUUUCAAUGCAUCAAUUGUUACAGUAUGCUAUGGGUUUGGAUUUGUUUGACCGCCUCAAGUCAUUGGAGAAAGCAAGAAAUAAACUAGUUACAUUGGUGAGAACCCUCAAAGCCUUAAGCUUGUUGCUUGACGUUGAAGAUGGAAAGAGUCAGGAGUCGUCAGGGUUGUUUAACGAGUUUGUCAGCAUGCAUGAUGUUGUUCGUGAUUUUGCCAGAACAAUUGCAAGGAAAGAUCCUCAUCGAUUUGUGGUGGAAGAAGCUCUUGGAUUCGAAGAAUAUUGGGAAAGGAAGGAUGAGUUCACAUAUUGCACUCGUAUAUUGAUAGGCAGAGAUAUCCACAGGCUUCCAGGAGCAUUGGCAUGUCCCAAACUUGAAUUCCUUUUAUUGGAUGGUAAUAAUUCGUCCUUGAAAAUUCCAGACUCCUUUUUUGUAGUGACCAAAGAACUCAAAGUCUUGAGCUUGUCUGAAAUGUGUCUUGCACCAUUGCCUUCAUCACUUCAUUUCCUUCCAAAUCUUCGAACAUUGUGUUUAGACCAAUGCCAGCUUGGAGAUCUCGCAAUAAUUGGAGAACUCAAGCAAUUGCAGGUUCUUAGUUUUGUGGGUUCCAAUAUUAAACAGUUGCCGAAAGAAAUGAUGCAAUUGAGUGAUCUAAGGUGGUUAGAUCUGCGGAAUUGCUCUUACCUCAAAGCAAUUCCACAGAAUGUCAUAUCAAGUCUAUCUCGAUUGGAGUGUAUGUGUAUGGAAAAUAGCUUUACUCAAUGGGAGGUUGAAGGAGUUAACAAUGGAGAAAGCAAUGCUUGCCUUUCUGAGCUCAAACGCUUGUCUUGGUUGUGGGCUUUAGACAUAAAAAUACCUAAUCUGAAUUUGCUUCCACCAGAUAUGCUCUUUGACAACUUGACCAGAUAUAGAAUAUUAGUAGGUGAUCACUGGAUGUGGCAUCAUACUUAUAAAGCCUCAAGAACGUUGAAGCUCAGUGAGGUUAAAAGCCUUCAUCUGGUGAAAUGGUUUUCCAAACUGCUAAAGAGAACUGAAGAUCUAGAAUUGAGGGGAUUGGGUGAUACUAAACAUGUGUCUAACGAGUUAGACUCGGAGGGCUUUCUUGAGCUGAAGCAUCUCCAGAUCCAUGAUAGUCCCGGGAUUCAAUACAUCAUUAAUUCAAUGGAUCAGUGGGUCUCAUCGCGUAGUGCCUUUCCUAUCUUGGAGGGGCUGCAUCUUCGGGACCUCAUUAACUUGGAUGCUGUAUGCCAUGGCCCAAUUCCAGUGGGGUGUUUUGGUAACUUAAGAAUUCUACACGUGGGCAGAUGUAAGAAUUUGCAGUAUCUAUUAGUUCUUCCCACAGGAGAAAGAAGGGAACUAGUGUUUCCUCAACUGAUAUCCUUGAGCCUGGAAGAUCUACCAAAGCUCAGUAACUUCUACUCCACAGGAACCACUGCUACCCAGGAGUCAUUGACAAGCAAUGAAGGACCACAAGGAAUCUAUUCAGAGAGUAUGCUUUAUGCUCACACGUUAUUUUUCGAUCAGAAGAUUGCAUUUCCUAGAUUGGAGGACUUGGAUCUCUCCAACCUGGAUAAUGUGGAAAAGAUAUGGCACAAUCCUGAGUUUAUUGCAGAUUCCUUUGGAAAUCUAAAAAGAUUGUCUGUACGGUCUUGUCAAAAACUGCAGAACGUUAUUCCUUCCAAUGUGCUGAAGAGGCUACCGAGUCUACAAAUUCUGAAGAUAGUGGACUGUAAUUCACUGGAAGAGGUUUUUGAUCUGGAAUCCAUAGGUAGUGAGGAAAAUCAUGAUAUUCCUACCCUUCAGUUGCGAGAAUUGUGUUUAGAUAAUCUUGAGACGCUGAAGUGUGUAUGGAAUGAGGCUCCUCAAGGACUUCUCACCUAUCAAAACUUAAAGUCUGUACGAGUUUCUCAUUGUCCAAGUCUUAAAAUUCCUUUUCCAGGUUAUGUGGUGAGAAGCCUUCUGCAAGUUAAAGAAGUAGAUAUGAAUUCUAGUAGGGUGAAGGAAAUUGUUGCACACGAAGAUAUGGCAAAAGUAGUGUCCAUGUUCUUAUUCCCUGAAGUGACCUCUUUGACAAAUUCCUGUCUAAAAGAACUAAAAUGUUUCUAUCUGGGACUGCAUAAUUUGGAGUGGCCAAUGUUGGAGAGACUGGAGGUGGAAAGUUAUGAAAGUCUGGAGAUGUUGGCUUCCGAACUUGAUAAACCAGUUGAACAACCCAUCUUCCUUUGUGAUAAGGUUGCGUUCCCUGAAUUGGUGUACUUGAAUCUCUCUCUCAAGUUGAAGGAAAUACAGGAUCUUCAACCUUUAUUUGGGGCCUUCUCUAAUCUAAGGAACCUAAUAAUUGAGAACUGCCCAUUUCUUUCCAAUGUUUUGUCAUCCAAUUUUGUGCAAAGCUUAAGCAAUUUAAAAGAGCUUACUGUGAAAAAUUGUGACCUACUUGAAGAAGUAUUUGGUCUUAAUGGACUUGAUGAUGCUGACAAUGAACAUGUUGAGAUACUCUCAAAGCUAGAAGAACUGAGCUUAAUCGAUCUACCUAUGUUGAGAUAUAUAUGCAACAACAGCCCUCGACAAUUUUCGUGCUUCAAGAACUUGAAAUUGGUGCGGGUGAAGCAGUGUGACAGCUUGAUGUAUCUUUUUUCAGCUUCCAUGGCAUUGGGUGUUGUCAAACUCAAACACUUGCACAUAGAAAAUUGCUCUAUGAUAGAAGAAAUUGUCAUUGCAGAAAACGGAGCUAUAGACAAGAUCACUUUUCCUCAGAUAACCCAAAUUUCACUUCUAUCUUUGCCCAACCUCACAAGUUUCUAUCGAAGAACACAGAAUCUUGGGGUGCUCUUCAAUGAAGAGGUUGCAUUCCCUAAAUUGGAGUUCUUGUAUGUCACCGGCCUGGAUAAUGUGAAAAAAAUAUGGCACAACCAACUCUUUGCAAAUUCCUUCAGCGAACUGAAGGAAAUGAAGGUAGAAAAUUGUAAUGAACUGCAGAAUAUUUUGGCAUCCAAGAAUUGGUUGCCAAGUCUAGAGUCUCUUACAAUACACAGCUGUGAUGAAUUAAAAGUGGUUUUUGAUUUGGAAGUGAUAAAUGUUCCGGAAGAUGUAACAGACAGUCAGCCGAGUCCAUUGGGUUUAGAUGAUUCACAGAACAUGGAGCAUAUGUGCAACAAGGUCCUUGGAAAAAAAUUGUGCUUACAAAACCUGAAAUUUCUCAAGGUGCAUAACUGUGGCAGCUUGAAAAUGCUUUUCUCGCUUUACACAGAACCUGAAGGAGCUGAAGAGAUUAUUGAUAAGAUCGAGUUUCCUGAAUUAACGUCUCUUUCACUUGAAUCUUUGCCCAGCCUAGCAAGUUUCUAUCCAGGAAGCCAUACUCUCAGAAGGCUUGGUCUGGGAGACCAUGAUAUCCUUACUCCAGUGCUCUUCAGUGAAAAGGUAUCAUUUCCUAAUUUGGAGAUCUUGAAACUCUCUGGACUUUUCAAGUUGAUGGGGAUAUGGGAUCGCCGACUUCCGCUCGGCUCCUUUUGCAAUCUACACAUCCUGGAAGUGGAGAAGUGUCCAUUCCUAUUGCAUGUUGUUCCAAAGUAUUUGAUUGCAAGUUUACAGAAUUUAGAAAAACUAAAUGUGGAAAAAUGUGAUCAACUACAAGAAGUGUUUGAUCUUGAAGGACUUGACAAUGCUGAUUAUGAGCAUGCUGAUGAUGAACAUGCUAGGAUGCACUCAAAGUUGGAAGAACUGAAGUUAAUUGAUCUUCCUAAGUUGAGGUAUAUAUGGAAUAAGGACCUUCAGCAAAGUUUGUGCUUCCAGAACUUGAAAUUGCUGCAUGUUAAGCAGUGUGGAAGUUUGACGCAUCUUUUCUCUUCUGGGAUGGCUUUGGAUCUUGAGCGACUGAAAGACUUAUGCGUGGAGCAUUGUUCUAUGAUAAAAGAAAUCAUCAUGGUGGAAGACAGGGUUGCAGACAAGAUUAUAUUUCCUCAAACAACACAGCUUUCACUUCUAUCUUUGCCCAACCUAACAAGUUUUUAUAGGGGAACUCGUACACAUGAAAAGGUUCACAUGAAAGACUGCGAUAUCCUUGCUUGUGUGCUAUUUCAUGAAAAGGUAUCAUUUCCUAACUUGGAAAUCUUGAAACUCUCUGAGCUUUCCAAGUUGACGGAGAUAUGGGAUCACGGACUUCCACUCAGCUCCUUUUGCAAUCUACACAUCCUGGAAGUGAAGAAGUGUCCGUUCCUAUUUAAUGUUGUUCCAAACAAUUUGAUUGCAAGUUUACAGAAUUUAAAAAAACUAAAUGUGGAAAAAUGUGAUCAACUAAAGGAAGUGUUUGAUCUUGAAGGACUUGAUCAUGCUAAUGCUAGGCUGCACUCAAAGUUAGAAGAACUGAAGUUAAUUGAUCUUCCUCAGUUGGGGCAGAUAUGCAAUAAGGACCUUCAGCAAAUUUCGUUCUUCCAAAACUUGAGAGUCCUACAGCUGAAGCAGUGCGACAGCAUGAUGUAUCUUUUUUCAGCUUCCAUGGCGUUUGGUCUUGUGCAACUUAACAACUUAUGGGUGGAGCAAUGUUCUCAGAUAAAAGAAAUCAUCAAGGUGGAAGAUGGGGUUGCAGACAAGAUUAUAUUUCCUCAAACAACCCAGCUAUCACUUCUAUCUUUGCCCAAGCUAACAAGUUUCUAUCAAAGAACUCAGACUCCUGGAAUGCUUUUCAAUGAAGAGGUUGCAUUUCCUAGCUUGGGGGACUUAGAUAUCUCCAACCUGGAUAGUGUGGAAAAGAUAUGGCACAACGAGUUUGUUGCAGAUUCCUUUGGAAAACUAAAAAGACUAUCAGUGCGGUCUUGUCAAAAACUGCAGAAUGUUAUUCCUUCCAAUAUGCUGAAGAGGCUACCGAGUCUACAAAUUCUGAAGAUAGUGGACUCUAAUUCACUGGAAGAGAUUUUUGAUCUGGAAUCCAUAGAUAGUAAGGAAAGUCAUGAUAUUCCUACGCUUCAGUUGCGAGAAUUGUGUUUAGAUAAUUUAGAGAAGCUGAAGCGUGUAUGGAAUAAGGCUCCUCAAGGACUUCUUACCUAUCCUAACUUAAAGUCUAUACAAGUUUCUCACUGUCCAAGUCUUAUAAUUCCUUAUGAAGGUUAUGUAGUGAGAAGCCUUAUGCAGGUUAAAGAAAUAGAUAUGAAUUCUUGUGGAGUGAAGGAAAUUGUUUCACACGAAGAUAUGGCAAAAGUAGUGUCCAUGUUCUUUUUCCCUGAAGUGACCUCUCUGACAAAUUCCUGUCUAAAACAACUUGAAUGUUUCUAUCUGGGACUGCAUAAUUUGGAGUGGCCAAUGUUGAAGACACUGGAGGUGGAAAGUCAUGAAAGUUUGGAGAAAUUGGCUUCCAAACUUGAUAAGCCAGUUGAGCAACCCAUCUUCCUUUGUGAUAAGGUUGCGUUCCCUAACUUGGAGGUCUUGAAUCUCUCUCUCAAGUUGGAGAAGAUGAAGGAUCUUCAUGUUUUAUUCGGGGCCCUCUCUAAUCUAAAGAUCCUGAUAGUUGAAAACUGCCCAUUCCUAUCGAGUCUUUUUUCACCCCAAUUUAUAGAGCGCUUAAACAAUUUAAAAAAGCUAACUGUGAAAAAAUGUGACCUCCUAGAAGAAGUAUUUGAUCUUAAGGGACUUGCUCAUGGUGAUGAUAAACAUGUUGAGAUGCUCUCCAAGCUAGAAGACGUGAGCUUAAUUGAUCUACCUCAGUUGAGAGAUAUAUGCAACGACAGCCCUCCACAAGUUUUGUGCUUCCAAAACUUGAAAUCGCUACAAGUGAAGCAGUGCAACAGCGUGACGUAUCUUUUUUCACCUUCCAUGGUGUUGGGUCUUGUGCAACUCCAAGACUUACACAUAGAACAUUGUCCCGCGUUGAAAAAAAUUUUUACCGUGGAAGGCAGGGAUACCGAUAACUGGCCCCCACAAGUUUCCCGCUUCCAGAACUUGAAAUCCCUACAGGUGAAGCAGUGUGAGAGUUUGUUGUAUCUUUUUCCAUAUUCUGUGGCCUUGGGUCUUGGGCGACUUCAAGACUUACGCAUAGAAGAUUGUCCCGUGAUGACAGAAAUUGUUACUGCAGAAGACAGGAAUUUUUAUAACCAGCCGCCACUGGUUUCAUGCUUCCAGAACUUGAAAUCCGUUCAGGUGAAGCAGUGUGACAGCUUGAUGUAUCUGUUUUCAUCUUCCUUUGCAUUGGCUCUUGCGCAACUCCAGGACUUACGCAUAGAACACUGUUGUACGAUGAAAGAAAUUGUCACUGCAGAGGGAGUUAGAGACAAGAUCAUUUUUCCUCAGACAAAGCGCAUUUCACUUCUAAAGUUGCCCAAACUAGCAACUUUCUAUCUAAGUCAGAAUCUUGAAAAGAUUCAUAUGGGAGACUCUAAUACAGCUCCUGGGGUGCUCUUCAAUGAAGAGGUUGCAUUCCCUAACUUGGAAUUCUUGCAUGUCUCUGGCCUGGAUAAUGUGAAAAAAAUAUGGCACAACCAACUGCUUGGAUAUUCCUUUAGCAAACUAAAGGAAAUGAAGGUAGAAAAUUGUAAUAAACUGCAGAAUCUUUUGACAUCCAAUGUGUUGAAUUGGUUACGAAGCCUAGAGUUUCUUAAAAUAGACAGCUGUGGUAAAGUAAAAGAGGUUUUUGAUCAGGAAGUGAUAAAUGUUCAGGAAGAUGUAACAGACACUCAGUUGAGUCAAUUGGUUUUAGAUGAUUUACAGCAACGGUUGCAUAUGUGCAACAAGGUCCUUGGAAAAUAUUUGUGCUUACAGAACCUGAAAGUUCUCGAGGUGCAUAACUGUGGCAGCAUGAAAAACAUUUUCUCGCCUGACAUGGCAUUGGGUCUUGUGCGACUUGAAGGAAUAAACGAAAUCAUCGGGCAGGAAGAUGGAGCUGAAGAGGUUAUUGAUAAGAUUGAGUUUCCUGAAUUAACCUCUCUUUCACUCAAAUCCUUACCCAGCCUGGCAAGUUUCUAUCCAGGAAGCCAUACUCUCAGAAGGGUUGGUCUGGGAGACCAUGGUAUCCUUAUUACAGUGCUCUUCUAUGAAAAGGUUGCAUUCCCUAGCUUGAAGUCCUUGAACAUCUCUGGCCUGCGACGUAUGCAAAAGAUAUGGCACAACAAGUUGAUUGAAAAUUCAUUUAGCAAACUAGCAAAAAUGGAGGUAGAAUGUUGUGAUGAACUGCAGAAUUGUUUGCCAUUAUUUGUGCUGAAGUCGUCAAGCCUACAGAUUCUUAGAAUAGCCAACUGUGGUAAAUUAAAAGAGGUGUUUGAUCUGAAAGGGGCAGAUGUUCUGGAUAAUGAAACAGCAACUCAGUUGAUUAAGUUGGAGCUACAUAAUCUCCCACUGCUGCAGUAUAUAUGGAAUAAGGAUCCCUAUGGAACUCUCACCUUUCAAAACUUAGAUUUUGUGGAAGUUUUCGAUUGUCAUGGUUUGAAAAGUCAUUUUCCAGCCGGUAGCAUAGUCCGAGACCUUUCACAGCUUGAAAAGCAAUUGAUAAGAACUCGUUGGGAAAAAGACUUAGAAGGGAAAAAUGAAGGGAAAGAUUUUGUGUUCCCUGAAGUAACCUACAAUGAACUUGAACUUCCCGCUCUGCGAAAAAUCAAGGGUAAAGAGGUCUUGAAAGUGCAUGAUUAUGUGAGCGAGAUUUCAGAAGACAUGCCUGGAAGUUCAGGAUAGUAUCCCAGAUCAAGGUUGGUUGCUUUCCCUGACUUGGAGGAACUUACUGUGACAGCUAAUUCCCAGCAAAAUCCUUCGAAGUACAAGUUCAGGAGGUACGCUGGAUUUGCUUCAUGCUUUCCUUCAUUUCAGGAGAAAGACAUGCUGCUAUGAGAGGGUCUGCAAUGAUUUUUUCCUCUGUUUCAAUUGAAUUCGACUGGGUUUUUCUUUUAGUAAAAUUUCAUGUGAUUGCCUAGACUUGGGCAAUAUACUCCUAAGCUGCUAUGCUACUUUGUCCCAAAACAGUUCAAUUACUUCCCGCUUGAAAUAUGUGGUUGUAUGAACUUAUACAUUUGCAUGCAGGUGUGACCUUUGAAUUUUUUUUAAUGUACUCUUUAUAUAGUGAAUCUAUUCUUGUUGAGAAUCUUUCCUAAUAUCCAUCCAGAUUGUUGAAUGUUGUGCCUGUAACUUUGUUCCUUCUGAAUUAUCAAAGGCAAACAUUAUUUGAUGAA